GUGCGUAUGUAUGUAUGUGAGCUUGUUGAACGUGUGUAUAUGUGAGUGUGUGUCUGUCCGUGUGACUCGUAAUAUGUCAAGAGAGAAAAGGGAGACUUCUCUAUGUAACAGACUAAAGCUAAUGUGUUUUACACCAGAGGACAGAAAAACAGAGAUUUAUCGAAGUAAGAAGUUUUUAUCAUCUGAAGCCCGCACCACAAAAACGGGACGAAUGCGAAAGUAGCGGAUUUUUCAAUAAAACAAAGAUUUAUCAAGGGAACUUCUGUCAAGAGGGGAAGGAAAUAAGCUGGACAAGUCAGAAGAGGAUAUUUGUUUCGGGAAAUCGUAAUAUGAAAAAGGACCAGGCCGAGAUAUCAGGUUUUGUCCCACAGAAAGAGGUCGUCUACAACAAACUUCUCCCGUACGCAGAUAAACUAGACCGCGAAUCAAAUGACAUUUUGGCCCAGAUUAAAGGUAACUUGGGUCGGGCUGUCCAGCUCCGAGAAUUAUGGCCCGGGGUUUUAUUUUGGACCAGGAAACUUUCCACGUACCUCCGUCUCUAUGGGAGAAAGUUCAGCAAGGAGGACCAUGUGCUCUUCAUCAAGCUUCUGUACGAGCUGGUCACCAUCCCCAAGCUGGAGAUCAGCAUGAUGCAAAGCUUUGCGCGACUUCUCAUCAACUUAUUAAAGAAGAAAGAACUGCUGUCCCGUGAUGACUUGGAGUUGCCUUGGAGGCCAUUGUACGAUCUCUAUGAGAGUAUCCUGUACUCCAAAACCGAGCAUCUUGGUCUUAACUGGUUCCCAAAUUAUCGAGCAGGAGCCUCAACUAAACAAAAAAUGCUUAAUUUUGUGCGCAAGCGCUCAGUGGAGAAUGUGUUGAAGACGCUAGUCAAGAGCUGCCGACUUUAUUUCCCAGAGUCUGCCACACAGGAGAUGCUGGAUGAGUGGCGGCCGUUACUGUGCCCGUUUGAUGUCACUAUGCAGAAGGCCAUUGGCUACUUCGAGCUGUUCUUGCCCACCAUCAUGCCCCCAGAACAGCAUCACAAAUGCUUCAAGUUAUGGUUUGAUGAGCUCAUGGAUCUGUGGGUCUCGGUGCAAAACUUACCUGUGUGGGAGGGUAGUCUUGUGAAUAUUUUUUCUCGCCUGGCUAAUGACAACAUUGGCUACGUGAACUGGGAUCCCUACAUUCCCCAGAUCUUCACCAGGAUCCUGCGUAGCUUUAACCUGCCUGUUGGCACCAGCCAAAUGGUAGUUCCUAGGUACUUAACCAACUCCUACGAUAUUGGUCAUGUCGUCCUGUGGAUUUCAGCCAUGCUGGGCGGUCCACAGAACCAGGCCCAGAAACAGCUUAAUGGACUCUUCAGCAGUAUAGCAUCCUUCUACCACCCUUCCAACAACGGCCGCUGGCUGAUGAAGUUGAUGAAGCUCCUACAGCGCCUGCCUGCCAGCGUGGUUCGACGGCUACACCGGGAACGCUAUAAGAAGCCCUGCUGGAUCAGUCCUGUUCCCCCAAGCAACAGGCUAACUGAUCAGGAUGUGACAGAGUUUGUAGAGAGCAUGAAACAGCCGGUGCUGAUGGCCAUGUUCAGUAAGACAGGCAGCAUGGAUGCAGCACAGGCCCUGCAGAACCUCGCCCUCAUGAGACCAGAGCUGGUCAUCCCACCUGUGCUGGAGAAGACGUAUCCAGCGAUGGAGACGCUGACAGAGCCACACCAGCUCACCGCCACCCUCAGCUGCAUGAUUGGCAUGGCCCGAAGUCUCCUCAGCGGCGACCGACAUUAUCCAGAAGGGCCCGCGCACGUCCUGCCCCUGCUUAUGAGAGCCCUGCCUGGCGUCGACCCCAAUGACUUCAGCAAAUGCAUGAUCACCUUUCAGUUCAUUGCUACUUUCACUACUUUAGUGCCUUUGGUGGAUUGUUCGUCAGCCCUCCAUGAGAAGAAUGACUUGACAGAGAUGGAGAGAGAGUUGUGUUCCGCCUCUGCAGAGUUUGAGGACUUUGUUCUGCAGUUUAUGGACAGGUGUUUUGCAUUGAUUGACAGCAGCACGCUGGAGCAGACGCGUGAGGAAACUGAGACGGAGAAGAUGACUCAUCUGGAGAGUCUAGUGGAGCUGGGCCUCUCAUCCACCUUUAGCACCAUUCUGACGCAAUGCUCCAUGGAGAUCUUUAAGGUGGCUCUUGAGAAAGUCUUUAGCUUUGCCACCACCAACAUCUUUGAGACCCGUGUUGCAGGCAGGAUGGUGGCUGACAUGUGCAGAGCUUCCGCUAAGUGUCACCCUGCUGAGUCUCUCAGGCUGUUUGUACCACACUGCUGCAACGCCAUUACUCACCUCACUGCCAAUGGGGAUGUUUUGAAUGAGGAAGAGCUGGAUAAAGAACUGCUCUGGAACCUUCAGCUGCUGUCAGAGGUUACUCGUGUGGAUGGAGAAAAGCUCCUGCCGUACCGUACACAGCUGGUGCAGAUUCUGCAGCUGACCCUGCGGCUGCGCUGUAAGCAGGGCUACACUCUGGCCUGCAACCUGCUUCACCACAUCCUGCGCUCCAUGGCCCUCACCUACCCCACAGACUACUGCAGCGUGCCCGGAGGCUUCAACAAACCCCUGCAAGAGUACCUGCCCAUCAAGGACUGGGGUCGUCCAGGAGACUUGUGGAACCUGGAUAUCCAGUGGCACGUGCCGAGCGUGGAGGAGACGGCGUUUGUGUUCUACAUCUUGGACUUGCUGCUGCAGCCAGAACUCCAGCGUCUGCAGAAAUUUGCUCAAGGAGAGCAGGAUAUGAGCAGGGAUGAUGUUCUUCAGAGUCUGUGUAUAGUCCAGCACUGUUUACUGGGAGCUGGCAGCAUGCUCCCCCCUUUAGAAGGACCCCCAGUCACUGGCCUUGUUUCCAGCAUGGUUAUCCUGGAGGAAACAAAGCUGUACAUUGGUGUUGACUAUGACAUGUCCAGAGAAAACUACCGUGAGGCAAUCUGCAAAGUGAUGAGCCAGUUGCUUCAUUACAUUCUGGAGCACUCGGAGGACGACACCAAAUCCCUCUUUGCUGUUAUCAAGAUCCUCAGCGACUUGAUGCACUUUAAAGGUUCCCACAAACACGAGUUUGACUCCCGUUGGAAGAGUUUUAACCUGGUGAAGAAGUCUAUGGAGAACAGGCUUCAUGGCAAGAAAAAGCACAUUCGAGCGCUUCUGAUCGACAGAGUUCUACUUCAGCAUGAGAUGCGUAAGCUGUUGGUAGAGGGUUGUGAAUACAAGACUGUUCAUCAGGACCUACUUAGGGACCUUCUGCGUCUCUCAACCAGCACCUACAGUCAGGUUCGCAGUAAGGCCCAGAACGUGUUGUUUACGGCACUGGGCACGUACAACUUCUGCUGCAGAGACAUUACUCCACGUGUCCUGGAGCUACUGAAACCCACACGAACUGAUGUCACCCAGCAACAGUUCAAGGGAGCGCUAUACUGCUUGCUUGGGAACCAUUGUGGAGUGUGCCUUGCCAACUUGCAUGACUGGGACUGCAUCGCUCAGACGUGGCCGGCCAUAGUGCGCUCUGGCCUCAGCUCAGCAAUGUCCUUGGAGAAACCAUCCAUCGUCAGGCUGUUCGAUGACCUCGCUGACAAGGUCCACCGCCAGUACGAGACCAUCGGCAUCGAUUUCACUGUACCUGAGAGCGCUGUGUUACUUGGCCAGAGCAUCACAAAGUCAAGCCAACCCACUCCACACAUGGGUACCCCUACAGACCAGGAGCUGGAGCAGGGCCUGGCACUUCAAAAAGCCAAAAACCAGGAGGCAGUCGAGAAGUAUGAAGGGCUCGUGAGAGAUCUGUUGGAAUGUCUAGAUGACCGUGACUUGCCUUGGAAGUUUGAGCACAUUGCUAUUGGCUUCUUAUCUCUACUAUUAAGAGAUGACCAUCCUUUACCUGCCCCGGCAGUCUGCUUCCUCGUGCAGAGCCUCAACCACGAUGCUCUUGUAGUGCGCAAGAUGGCGAUCGCUGCUGUGGCGGGCAUACUGAAACAGCUCAAGAGAACCCGCAAGAAAGUUCCCAUCAGUCCCUCUGAGAUUAGUGGGGUAACAGAGCCGAAGGGGCUGGUGGCAGGAGACAGGCCAGGAAAUGACUGGCUGCAGUAUCACAGCGAUGGCCUGCCACACGACCAGCAGACCUGGGACACUUUCUGCUUUGUGGAAAAGACACACUGGGGCUACCACAGCUGGCCAAAGAAGCUGAUGGUUUAUGCUCCACCAAAUGAACAGCCUCAGGAUCUCUGCACUGAGAACAUGAGUGAGAGGGAGCACAUCAUCUAUGACCACUUCACAGAUCCCAUGUUCAUCAGUCAGCUCAUCAAGUUCUUGUCUCUUGAGGACCGAAAGGGCAAAGACAGGUUCAUUCCUCGACGCUUCUGUCUCUUCAAGGGGCUUUUCCGGAACUACAGCGACGCUUUCCUCUCCGUUCUCAAGCCUCAUAUGGAGAGUCUGGCAGCUGACUCUCAUGAGAGUACCCAGCGCUGUGUGGCCGAGAUCAUCGCAGGUCUGAUAAGAGGCAGCAAGCACUGGAGCUUUAACAAGGUGGAGGAAUUAUGGCAGUUCCUGAUUCCAUUGAUGCGAACAGCGUUAUCAAACAUUACUGUAGAGACGUAUGCCGACUGGGGUACCUGUGUGGCAACUGCUUGUGAGAGCAGAGAUCCACGAAAGCUCCACUGGCUUCUUGAGAUGCUCAUGGAAUGUCCUCUCAGCGGGGAAGGAGGAUCAUUUGUAGAUGCCUGUCACCUGUACGUGCUGCAGGGUGGUCUCGCCCAGCAGGAGUGGAGGGUCCCUGAGCUUCUUCACAGACUGUUGAGUUACCUGGAGCCCAAACUCACUCAGGUUUAUAAGAACGUGAGAGAGCGCAUCGGCAGUGUGCUGACGUACAUUUUCAUGAUUGACGUCACCCUGCCGUACACUCGGCCCACUAAGUCCCCACACAUCGCCCAGUUCACCGAGAGAAUCCUGUUGAAGCUGAAGCCCCUGAUGGAGGGAGACGAAGAGAUCCAAAAUCACAUAGUGGAGGAAAACGGAGUGGGCGAGCAGGAUGAAAGGACCCAGGCCAUCAAACUCCUGAAAACGGUCCUGAAGUGGCAGAUGGCCAGUGCGGGGCGCUCUUUCUCCACACCAGUGCCACAGCAACUACAGCUGCUGCCCCUGCUUUUUAAGAUUGCUCCUGUUGAAAACGAUGACAGCUAUGAUGAACUGAAGAGAGAUGCAAAGACGUGCCUGUCCCUCAUGUCUCAGGGGCUUCUUUAUCCUGAGCAGAUCCCUCUGGUGUUGGAGGUGCUACACGAGAUCGCUGGCAGCAGCUCUUGGCACGCUCGGUUCUCAGUGCUGACGUACCUACAAAUGAUGGUGUUCUAUAAUCUGUUCACCAUAUUGAACACUGAGCAUGCCGUUCAGGGCGUAAGAGCCCUGGUCAUCAGACUGCUGGAGGACGAGCAGCUGGAGGUGAGGGAGAUGGCCGCCACCACUCUGAGCGGCUUCAUGCAGUGUAACUUUCUGACCAUGGACCCCUCCAUGCAGACUCAUUUCGAAGCUUUAUGUAAAACGAGACUGCCCAAGAAAAGAAAGAGAGACGUGGGAUCUGUGGUGGACACUAUACCUUCAGUUGACCUGGUACGGCGUCACGCAGGAGUGCUGGGACUCAGCGCUUGCAUCUUAUCCAGCCCGUAUGAUGUCCCAACCUGGAUGCCUCAGAUUCUCAUGGACCUCAGCGCACAUCUCAAUGACACACAGCCUAUCGAGAUGACUGUGAAAAAGACUCUGUCUAAUUUCCGCCGCACUCAUCACGACAACUGGCUGGAACACAAGCAGCAGUUCACGGACGACCAGCUCGUGGUGCUCACAGACCUUCUCGUGUCACCCUGCUACUAUGCAUAGACGGGAUUUCAGGAUGUGACGUGUUGCUGCAGGUUUUAGUUUUCUUUAUUAAUUUUAUGUUCAAAGAAAUCAAAUACACAUUAUGCAUUCUUGAGGACGUAAUGGGUCAACGAGAGGAACGCGGAUGCUUCUCUAACAGAACCCCUUGAACCCUGAUCUAAGAUCCCAGAGGAGCGCAUGAGAGGAGGCGGCAUGUAAAGGCAUGAAGGGAACCGUAUGAUAUACUGAGAAUAAUGACCUACAAAUACACUCUGUACGUACUGUUUGUAUGUAUAUAUCUAGCCCAUAUUUUUGCAUUUCAACUAUACUUAAUAUUUAAGGUUUACCAGCGCAGGGAUGUACGGCCUGCAGUCUAUAAUAUUGUACAGAUAGUUUAGAUUUUUCUUUCAUCAUCUGUGUGUUGACAAUUUGUGAUGAAGGACAGAAUGCUCCCACCUCUCUGAAUCUCUAGCAUUUCUUUCCCAUAAUGAAUCAUCCUCGCUAAAGUGAGGUUUGUAGGUUCUGAUUUUAAGAUCGAGUCAUCUUAAGCCCAUUGUUUGAAUCCAUUAGAUACAUUACAGAUUUCUGACGCUAAUUUAACUGGAAUUAUCAUUUUUAUCUGCGCUUUUUUAGCAUUUUGUGUUCUGUAAACAUUUCAGCCGUUCUAGAGGCAUGUGAUUUUUGAUUACAAAAUGAGACAUCGCUGACAUACCAGCAUACUUUAACCAUGAGAUAAUGCAGUUUAUUUAAAUCUACACGGCGUUCUCAAGUGACAAUAAGGUGUGGGUGAGAGAACCUCAAAAGACGGGUGUAUUUGAGCUGAGCCCUUGUUAUAAAUCAUCACGCAAGUACGCAUCAAGUCUAGUACUGUAUGGUUAUCGUGGCGUGUGUGAAGGUAAGCCGUUUGUGGUCAGGUGAGACACAGACGUGUGUAACACUCUGCUCACAUCCAAUCAUAACGGUUUGGUUUGGUGUCCUGUGUGUUUGUGGAUUUAUACGUGUAUGUAUGUAUAUGUAUUUAUGUACUGUACAUAUGCACUUAUCUAUGCAUAAACGACUUACACCUGCUAGCAAGAACAGCCUGAUCAGAUUAAAGUUGAGGCCAGUUGGUGCGAGUGGUCUCGUGCGUGUGAGUGUCUGUCCUGCCGUUGGCACUGAGAUGCAUACGCAUGUCGGUGCGAAUGUGCAUGUUUGUAGUUUGGCCGAGUUAUGGUUGAGUCCCAUGUUUUGAGCUGUUCUUUAUUGGCAUGUGACUGAUGUUAGAGGAUAUUUACCUGUAGUUCUUUACUGCAGCCUCAGUACAGAACUACAUUAGAUUGCCUUCUGAAUCUCUCUCUCACACACACACAACUUCAGGUCAGAAGAACUUCAGGUUGUACCCUGGUCAGUUCUGUUUUACAUUUUGGAGUGUACAUAACAGAAUCAUUAUUUAGCUUAGUGCCAAAACUGCAGUGAUUUUCUCUAUUUUUUUAGAUGUUUGCUUUGUUUUACUCAAAAGGCCAAUAAAUGUAUUGUUUUUAACAAAUGAAAAGCGAGAUAAUUCUUCCCACAAGUUUAUUUGGUUUUGCUCUAGGUCUGUAUCAAUAUUCUAUUCAAACAUUGUGUCAUACACACUGAAUGCUGGUAAAAAUGGAUUUUGUGGUAUCUAUAUUGACAUGUGAGCAUCCUUCAUACAUAAAGAAGUCAAACUCAAAGCUCUGCUUGAAUGAAUCUCACAAAACCUGGUAAGAACAUGGAUGAUAUUUUCCUUUAAAGUAAAACAAA